AUGUUCAAUUUAGACCGUUUUCGUUUUGACAAGAAGGCGGCGACGACAACAAACAAAGACCAGGAUAGCGGAUCCAAUAGUCCAGAGUCUGAGAAGGAGAACAAGCCAGCUCAGAUGAAACCUGUCAAAGCCUCACCAAAGCCCCAUGCGCGAGGAGUGGUUUUUGAGGAAGUCCUUACAAUUGACUUGGAGGAGGAUGAGCUUCUCUCUGAAACAAAGACCAAAAUUCCAUUAUCCAGGAAGUCCAAGAAUCCCAAAGGGAAAUCAUCCCAAAAUGUGACAUCGGAUUACACAGAUGAUGAGGACAAAGAAAUGGAGGAGAACAUGAACAGAGUACUGGAGAUGUUUCCUCAGUUGUCAAGGACAGAGGUACUGGAGGUUAUUAGGAGCACAAGCACAUUGGAUGGGGCUGUAGCUGCAUGCCUUUUAAAGUUUGGUGAUAAAGAAGCCACAGACCAAGGCAGGAAAAGAAAGCAGGAUGGAUCUAGCGGUUCUCAGGAAAGUGGUGAAAUUCAACCCAGCAAGAAGAGAAGGUCAUCAGUGGUUUCUGAAGAAGAUGAUGAUGACAGCAAAGAGCCAAACUGGGAGAAGCAGGAAGCCAUGGUCCGAAGACUGCAGAAAAAGUUUCCUGACCAGGACAAGGAGGAGCUGCGGAUGGUGCUGCAGGAACACGACUGGAAUGUUGACGAUGCUCUGCAGGUUCUACAAAUGUUCUCAGACCCAGAUGCCAGUUUCAGCUCACCUGACACCGAAGAAAAGAAAUCCAUUAAAUCGAAGAGCAAAGACAAGUCGAGCAAGGGCCACAGGAAGUUGACGCGCCACAAAGACCAUGGAGACAGUACAAGUAGCAGAGGUCAAAACGACUAUUCCGAAGACCAUAUAAUUAUUAGUGAAACUGAGGAGGACCGUAUAGAUGAUUCAGAUGCUACAAAGGACAGUGAAGACUCAGACAGUGAAGAUUCCAAACACCGAAGUAGCACUUCCACUCUGUCAAACAGGCUUAAAAAAAGUUCUGACUCCGUAUCCUCAUCCUCCUCUGUCAAGAAAACGACUACCUCUUCCUCCCUGAAGCCGUCCUCUUCUUCCUCUGCUGCUCAGAUGCUGUCCAGAUUUGCCAGUGGGACCAGUAUAGCUAAGAAGCAGGCAGCAGAAAGAAAGAAGAAGGCACGCGCAUCAGACGAUUAUGUCAGUUCUGAGGGGGAAAAUGACGAUGAAGAGGAGACAGUUAGUAGUGAGUUUGAGGACUCUGAUGAUGAGCUGGAUUCUAACGGUGGAAUGACAGAUCUGAAGAAAGAGAUACUCAAGUUUUUCCAGGAUGCAACGAUCGAUGAGCUGUCUCUUAUCGCUGGGUGCUCUGUUAAAAAGGCCCAGAAGAUUGUGGAACUGAGGCCCUUUGAUGGCUGGCAAAGCCUGAUUGAUGUCUUCCAUAAGGAUAAUGGACUGUCGGAUGCCUUACUGCUGGGCUGCAGAGUCGUUCUCAAAGAGCGGCAGGUUGUCCUGGGGCUGAUGUCCAAAUGCAAUACCAUUUCCUCAAAAAUGUUCAAACAGGUCACUCAGGUGAUGGAGAGGGGCACAGGGUCCAUGAAGCAGCCCAGUUUACUCAACAGUCAGUACCAGCUGAAACCUUAUCAGCUGAUUGGUCUAAAGUGGCUGCUUCUUCUGCAUGAGCACAAACUGAGUGGUAUCCUUGCUGAUGAAAUGGGUUUGGGAAAAACUAUCCAGGCUAUAGCGUUUCUGGCCCAGCUGUACCAGAAUGGAAUAGACGGUCCUCACCUCAUCACUGUGCCGGCCUCUACAUUAGAUAACUGGGUCAGAGAGCUGAAGCUGUGGUGCCCAAGCCUCAAAGUGCUAGUCUAUUGUGGAUCUGUGGAGGACCGCCGCUACCUCAAACACGACCUCCUCAAUGGAGAUGAUGAGUGCAACGUCAUUGUGACAACGUAUAACAUGGCCAUAGGAAAUGCCAACGACCGAAGCCUUUUCCGUAAGCUGCGUCUGAAGUAUGCUGUGUUUGAUGAAGGUCACAUGCUGAAGAACAUGAACUCUCUGCGCUACCGCCAUCUUAUGGAUAUUAACGCUGAGCAUCGCUUGCUUCUGACAGGAACUCCUUUACAGAACAACCUCUUGGAGCUGAUGUCUCUCCUGAACUUCAUCAUGCCUUCCAUGUUCUCCAGCUCCACUACACAGCUCUCCAAAAUGUUUUCUAUGAAAUCCCAUGAGGAGCAGAGCCGCUUUGAGAGGGAUCGUAUUUCUCAGGCCAAACUCAUCAUGAAACCUUUUAUCCUCCGAAGAGUGAAGAGCGAGGUCCUCAAGCAGCUGCCAGCCAAGGAAGAGCGGGUAGAGUCCUGCCCGAUGAGUGAGAAACAGCAGGUUCUCUACCAGACCCUCUUAAAUAAACUCAAGGCUUCAGCCAAUGGUGAAAAACACGAGUUGUGUAAUGUGAUGAUGCAGUUGAGGAAGAUGGCCAACCACCCUCUGCUUCAUAGACAGUACUACACCACAGAAAAGCUCAAAGCCAUGAGCAAACUCAUGCUCAAGGAGCCAACUCACUUUGAUGCAGAUGCUGCUCUGAUCCAGGAGGACAUGGAAGUGAUGUCAGACUUUGAGCUGCAUCGUCUGUGCCAGCAGUACUCCUCUAUCAGCUCCUACCAGCUUGAAAACAAUCUCCUGCUUGACUCUGGGAAAUUCCUCCUCCUCACAGAGCUGCUGGCCUCACUUAAAACCAAGGGAGACCGAGUGGUAUUAUUCAGUCAGUUCACCAUGAUGCUGGACAUUGUGGAGGUGCUGCUGAAACAUCUUAAGCAUCGUUAUGUCCGACUGGAUGGAUCCACACCCAUAGCCAACAGGAUUGUGUUGAUUGAUGAGUUCAACACGGAUCCUGACAUAUUUGUGUUCCUGUUGUCAACACGUGCUGGCGGCCUGGGAAUCAACCUCACCUCCGCUAAUGUUGUCAUCCUUCAUGACAUCGACUUCAAUCCCUACAAUGACAAACAGGCAGAGGACAGAUGUCACCGCGUAGGCCAGACCAAGACUGUACAGGUGAUUAAGCUGAUAAGCAAGGACAGCAUAGAUGACUGCAUGCUGCAGCUGAGCCAGAAGAAACUAAAGCUGGAGCAGGACAUGACUACUGCUGACGGUGGUGGUGAGGGGACCAUACCUGAAGAUAUGGCAUCUUUGCUCAAAGCCUCACUAGGACUGUGAUACACAAACACAUGAAACUUGACUGUACAAAUACAUUUUUGAUAGCAAUCUUGUGAUUCUGGGCAGACUUGAGUGUUCUGACUGAACACACACACACACACACACACACACACACACACACACACACACACACACACACACACACACACACACACACACACACACACACACACGUACGUCUAUACUGGGAAACUACUGAGACCAUAUGCUGCCAUGAAACAAAGUUUUGAUGUUGAGAUCUGAUUUACUGUGUAGCAUGUUAGCUGUGCCUAAAACACUAUUUUUUACAUGCACACAGUUUUUGCUUCUACUUUGAUUAUGAGAUCAGUAUAUAAAGGCUAAACAAAAAUGUUGCCUUUUUAAAAUUGCAACAUGUUAUCCAAGGUUACUUUGUAGAAACUUGAAAGUGGUGUUUCAAAGUUAAGACCCAACCGUCAGUAAUGCAGCAUGUGGUGGAGUACCCCAUGGUACUUGUUUGGACAAAAGUAUCUGAAUUUCACAUAAGCCAUGCAGUCUUAUAUUGUUCACAUUCUGAUAAAGGGGGCUGUAUGUUGGUAAGGAAAAGUAUGCCUACUGCUUAUUAACACUUAACAUAAAGUUCUAGCACGGAAAUUGUGCAGAGAUGGAGAAUGGUUGAUUUUUAUACUAUCCUUCCUACCUGACAGUGUUGGAUCUUGCCUAAUAUACAUGCUCUUACUUAAAAAGCCAGCUCUUAAAAAAAAGAAAAAUGGUUUACAUCAGAACUUUUGUUGCUCCUGUAAUCCACAGCAACAUUGUAACAGCAGCAGAUGAUGACCACUUCACAGAAAAUGUUGCUGUUCACAUUGAUUAGUUUUGAUACCAUUCCCAAUCAAACGGUUUUGACAGUUGUGGUUGCAUUAGAAAGUAAGCCAAGUAUCUAUGUCAAGGUUUGUCGUAUACCCUAUAUAUUUUAAGGCAAUUUUCUUGGAAAAUGCAGGAGAUACAUGGUUGUGUCAGUGUAGUCAGUGAAGUUAGUACAGUUUUUCUAGUUUGUAAAACUAGAUAAACAAAAUAUGGAAUGUUUAAUAAGAACGAUUUUUGAAUUGGUUUCUUUGCUGUUUCUACUCCUUUUAAAUAUCUUGAGCUAAGCGACACAGAGAUGAUGAUUUAAUGCAGCAGCUGCAUUCAUGUACUGUGUAAGUGGCUAAUGUGUUGUAAGUGUACACGUGUAAGUGAAAAGCUUUUACUAAGUCAUUUGUAUGUUUAUAAAGGUUCCUGUUUGAACAAAAAAAAUAAAGGUUGGAAUAAAA